AUGGUGACGAAUCAUAACCUUUGUUUAUGUUGCUUUCUCGUUUACUUCUCUCUCACAGAUUCUCUGUCUCUCUCUCUCUUUGUCACAGUCUCUCUGUCUCUCUCUCUCUUUGUCACAGUCUCUCUGUCUCUCUCUCUCUUUGUCACAGUCUCUCUGUCUCUCUCUCUCUCUUUGUCACAGUCUCUCUGUCUCUCUCUCUCUUUGUCACAGUCUCUCUGUCUCUCUCUCUCUUUGUCACAGUCUCUCUGUCUCUCUCUCUCUUUGUCACAGUCUCUCUGUCUCUCUCUCUCUCUCUUUGUCACAGUCUCUCUGUCUCUCUCUCUCUCUCUUUGUCACACUCUCUCUGUCUCUCUCUCUCUCUCUUUGUCACAGUCUCUCUCUCUCUCUCUCUCUCUCUUUGUCACAGUCUCUCUCUCUCUCUCUCUCUCUUUGUCUCAGUCUCUCUGUCUCUCUCUCUCUCUUUGUCACAGAGUCUCUGUCUCUCUCUCUCUCUCUUUGUCACAGUCUCUCUGUCUCUCUCUCUCUCUUUGUCACAGUCUCUCUCUCUCUCUCUCUCUCUCUUUGUCACAGUCUCUCUGUCUCUCUCUCUCUCUUUGUGUCAGUCUCUCUCUCUCUCUCUCUCUCUUUGUCACAGUCUCUCUCUCUCUCUCUCUCUCUUUGUCACAGUCUCUCUGUCUCUCUCUCUCUCUCUUUGUCACAGUCUCUCUGUCUCUCUCUCUCUCUUUGUCACAGUCUCUCUGUCUCUCUCUCUCUCUCUUUGUCACAGUCUCUCUGUCUCUCUCUCUCUCUCUUUGUCACAAUCUCUCUCUGUCUCUCUCUCUCUUUGUCACAGUCUGUCUCUCUCUCUCUCUUUGUCAGUCUCUCUGUCUGUCUCUCUCUCUCUUUGUCACAUUCUCUCUCUGUCACAUUCUCUCUCUUUGUCACAGUCUCUCUGUCUCUCUCUCUCUCUCUCUCUUUGUCACAGUCUCUCUUUGUCACAUUCUCUCUCUGUCACAUUCUCUCUCUGUCACAUUCUCUCUCUGUCACAUUCUCUCUCUGUCACAUUCUCUCUCUGUCACAUUCUCUCUCUGUCACAUUCUCUCUCUGUCACAUUCUCUCUCUGUCACAUUCUCUCUCUCUCUCGCCUUUCUUAUAGACAUCUUAUCGAAUAUCUCGUUUUAUAAUAAUCAUAAAUAUAAAUCUACUUGCGUACCUCGAACUUUAUUGGUUUACAUUCCAAGUUCUCUCCUUUCGACUAAAGCAUCACUGAAGUUUUGCAAAAUGCAAUACUUCUAUACAGCCGCUCUUUUAUCUCUUUCUUCGUCGAGAUGUUUUUUGUUAAUUCCCUCUCUUAUUCGUGCCAGGUUUUUUUAUUUUUUUUAUUUCCCACUCUUUCUUGAUUGUACCGUUCUUUUUUUUAUUAUUCGUUGCCGCUCUUUCUCGAUCGUACUGUUUUUCAUUCUUUUUUUUUGGGGGGGGAGCAUUUUCUCACUCACAAAUCCUUACACUUUUCUAUCUUUCCACUUUGUCGCAUGCCAUAGUAGCAAAGAGAGAGACACAGUUAAAAAAAAAAAAAACUUUCUCUACUGCCGUUCUGUUCUAAUUACCUUUCCCCGAUUUUUAUUGCCUUCUCUCUCAUAUCCUCACUUUUUUUUUCCCAUCUUUCUUAUUCUCUGUCGCAUGGCAUUAGUUUGUUUUUCUAUCUCUCAACCGCAAUUCGUUAUUUCCUAUUACAAAGUUCCCUCCUUGGUGACCAAAUUCCCUUCUUUCUUCACUGACUUUUCUCUCGUCCGCUGGGAAAUUGUUCUUUUACGGUCGCUGAAAGGUCUUCGCUUUUCCCGUCUGUUUGGAGGUCUUCGCUUUUCCCGUCUGUUUGGAGGUCUUCGCUUUUCCCGUCUGUUUGGAGGUCUUCGCUUUUCCGUCUGUUUGGAGGUCUUCGCUUUUCCCGUCUGUUUGGAGGUCUUCCUUUUCCCCGUCUGUUUGGAGGUCUUCCUUUUUCCUGUCUGUUUGGAGGGUCUUUUCCGUCUGUUUUCCUUUUCCCGUCUGUUUGAGGUCUUCCUUUUCCUGUCUGUUUGGAGGUCUUCCUUUUCCCGUCUGUUUGGAGGUCUUCGCUUUUCCCGUCUGUUUGGAGGUCUUCGCUUUUCCCGUCUGUUUGGAGGUCUUCGCUUUUCCCGUCUGUUUGGAGGUCUUCGCUUUUCCCGUCUGUUUGGAGGUCUUCGCUUUUCCCGUCUCUUGUCUAUCUAUUUAAUCUUUCUCUAG